AUGUCAUCAAGGCGAUCAUCAAUAACAAACGACGAAGAUCAAAAAACAAUUUCAUUAAAAAAACGUUGGUUAGCACAUCAUCAUGAUGAUCAACAACAAGUUAAAAUAUCUUCGGAAUUAAAUCAAUUAAUACGUGAAUAUAAUUUUCAAGAUUGGCAAACAACAACAGUUCUUGUAGAAAAAAAUUCUAAUGAAUAUAUAUCUGGUAAAAUACAACAAAUUGGUUUAAAUGGUUAUUUAUCUAUUGAAACAAAUGAUGAAACUAUUGAUAUUAAUAUUUAUGAUAAUAUUUUUGGUAUUUUAUCUGAUAAUGCACCAUCAAUUCAAGAUUUAAUUGAAGGAAAAUUAAUUUUAUGUAAAAAUCAAUCAAAUCAACACAUUUAUCAAACAGCAAUUAUUACUGAGAAAACAAAAGAAGGAAAAUUUCAAAUUUUAUUUCACAAUCAGAAUGAAAGUUUAUGUGUACCAAGACAAGCUAUUAGAUUAUUUUUACCACCAUGGCAUGAUGAAUUUUCAAUUGAUUGGAAUGCAGCACUUUAUCAAACACGAUUAAUUCCUAUUAAUAAUACUCGAAAUGAUUUAUGUAUGAGUCCAUCAUGUGCAGAUAAUUCUUUAUCAAUAAAUUCAUCAAAUUCUCAAAGCAAUAUUUUAUUAAAUAGUUUAAAUGAAAAAACCUAUAGUAAAGGUGAUAUAAUAAUAACAGAUUCACAAAUUCGAAAACGAUAUAAUGGUAAACAAUGGCGUCGGCUUUGUUCACAUGAAAAUUGCCCGAAAGAAUCUCAACGAUUUGGUUAUUGUUCGCGACAUUUAUCACAAAAUGAUAAAAGACAAGAUAAUUCAUCAAAUCAUACAUCACCUUCGACAACACCAAUUCUUUCAUCAGAACAAUCAUCGAAAUUUUUUAAAGAAAAAUCUGCUCGUCGUCCAAUUAAUUCUUUUAUGUUAUUUUCUCAAGAAGAACGAGGAAAAAUUCAUUUAGAAAAUCCUCAUCGUGAUAAUCGAAAUGUAUCAAAAAUUUUAGGAGAAAAAUGGUAUUCAUUAUCACAUGAGCAACAACAACAAUAUAAAAUACGUGCCAAACAAAUCAAUGAACAAAAUAAUGAACAAUUAAGACGAUCAGCGAGAUUACAAUCAACGAAUAAAAAUAUUUCAUCAUCAUCAUCUCCUCCACCACCAGAUCCACUUCAGGCUUUUGCACAAAUUUGUACAAAUAUGCCUAAAUUAACUGAAUGUUUUUCACCAAUUACAAAACCAUCGCUAGAAAAUACUUCAACAAAAACAAAUGUUAUUACACCUGUUCCUAUUCAUGUGAAUUCAUCAUGCAAUAAUUCGGAGCAAUUACAAAUUAAUAAUUCAAAUGAUGAAAUGGAAAUUAGCAAUAAUGUUUCAUCAGCAUCAGAUAAAGUAUCAUAUUCAACUGAACAUUCAUUAUCAAAUUCACCUUGUCAAUUAUCUGAUACGGAAACUUGUCGAACUAUUUUUUCAUUAUAUAUUAAUCAACGUAAAGCAAAUUUAGAUCUUGAACAACAAUUACAACAUUUAAAAUCAUCGAAUAAAUUAAUUUCUUCGAAUGAACAUCAAACACAUUCAUUUAUAUCAUCAUGUUCAUCAUCAACAGGUUAUUCAAGUGGUUCAUCAAUUGAUGGAAGUAGUACAAUUCUAUCAGCUUUUAGUUCACGUUCAAAUAGUUCAUUAUCCGAACGAAGUAAAACAUCACCAAUAUCAUUUAAACCAAUAUUACCUAUGAAAUAUCAAAUUUCAACUGAUCAUAAUUUUAUUUCAAAAAAUUCAAUUUUACAAGAAGAGGAACAAACAAUUUCAGAUAAACCAUUGAAUAAACGACGAAAAAUAAUUACUUUCGAGGAUAAUCAAGGUCCAAGAACUCGAUCUCAAAGUAUAAGUGAACGUAAUGGAAUAAAUGAUUUAUCUUCAAUUGUAACACGUAAACGAAAAGCAUCUAUUGUUUGUGGACAAAAUCCAAGUGAUAUAAAACAACCAACGACUGAUUAUACGAAAAAAUUAGAUGAAAUGAAAAGUCAAUAUAUAAAAUCUAGUUCAACUCGACAUUCAACAAAUGAAUCAACAAAUAAAAUACAAUUAGCAUCAAGAUUAAAAGUUAUUGAAUUUCUUAAAAAUCAAUUGUAUCCGACUGAUUCAUCAAUAACAUCAUUUCAAUUAUUAAACGAAGAAUUAUUUCCAAAUAAACGUCUUCUUAUUCAACGUAUUAGAGAAAUUCGACAAAAAUUAAUGAGUUAUUUAAAUCAAGAAAAAAUUUCAUUAAAUUCAUCAUCUUAA